AAUGUCAAAUCUGCUGUUCAGCUACGAAGAUAUAAAAAACUGCACAGUGAAUAGAUUGGAAAUUUGGAUAUUCUUAAAAAAUAUUUAAAAGUCAAUUUUGCCAAUUAAAAAGAACUGCCAAAAUGGUGGUGGAAAGUUUAACUAAUGGUGAUGACUCUAAGCAAGCCGAGGAGAAAUCGGAACCAAACGCACAAACGGAUGCAGAACAGGAUGAGGCCACUGCAGCCGCCAAUGAAGCCGAACAACGUGAACGCGAAGAGCUCAAUACUUUCAUAGUGGAAUUACAAGCCAAAAUUAACUCGAAAGCGCAACUCCGUGCUGAAAAUGUUAACUGUGAACAUCCAGGAGACUCCUUUUUUGCUAAACUCGAUUCCAGUUUGAAGCGAAAUACAGCAUUUGUGAAGAAACUCAAGCAGUUUACGGCGGCCCAAUUGGAUACACUACUUAAAGAUAUGAGCGGACUUAAUUUGAGUAAAUAUAUUUCUGAAAUAUGUGCAGCACUUUCUGAAGCAAAAAUGAAAAUGACUGACGUACCGGCGGCAGUAACACUCUGCUCGCGCUUACACCAAACCUAUGCUGACUUUGAUGCACAAUUUCUCGAAGCGUGGCAAAAGUCUUUAGCAUUGAAGCCAGGUGAAAAGAUCUCUAAUCCAAGUAAGUUGCGCGUCGACUUACGUUUAUUUGCGGAACUGGUAAGCUCAGGUGUGAUUAGUAGUAAACAAGGCCUACAACUACUUGGAUCUGUGCUAAUCAAUGUGAUUUCGCAAGACAAAGAGGAUCACAGCAAUUUCUCAAUUAUAUUGUCUUUUUGUCGACACUGCGGUGAGGAGUAUGCUGGACUAGUGCCACGCAAAAUGCAAAAUUUGGCGGAAAAGUAUGGUGGAGCUGCUAUUCCAAAAUCCGAUUUUCUAGCGCCCGAUAGACAGCAAAAUUUACGGGGCUUACUAAAGGAUUACUUUAAGAAUUUGUGCAAACAUUUGAUAUCAGAGCAACAGGAAUUGCUUAAUAUGACAAAAACUAUACGCCGCACUAUGGAAUCCAAAGGCGAGAUUUCCAACGACAAGAAGGAAAAAUGUGAAUUAAUGCAAGCCAAUUUCGAUAAACUACUCUCUUCGGCACAAACGCUCUCUGACCUACUUGACGAACCGCUGCCAGAGCUAACAACAGAGACGGAAAGCUGCAACGCCGGCACUGUAAUCGAAAAUAUGCUCGAAGAUGCCACUAUGGGUGAACUUGAUCCUUGGGGGGAUGAUGAAACGAAAAGCUUUUACACCGAUUUGCCAGAUUUGCGGCAAUACCUACCUAAUUUCAGCGCACCAAAAGUGGAUUUGGAACAGAAUGAAGAGCCCACGGAAAUGACAGAGGAGGCACUCGAUGCUGAUAUUGAUGUGGAAAUGGAAAUAGAUGAUCCACCUUCCACAACAUCGGAUCCACCGAAUGAUAAAGACGCAGAAGCGGCUGCGGAACCAGCCAACGAAGAGUCGGCCCCAACAGCGCCAUUACCAGAUAAAAUUGCGAAUGCGCUAAUGGAAGCGGGGCGUUUAAAUGCUAUUCAGGUGCCACAUAGCAAACAGCAUUUCGAUCAAUUUUUGACAAAUCUGAAUAACUGCGUCAACAAAGAACUCAUCGAUUCCGCAGCCAUCGAGUUCCUGCUGAAUUUCAAUACAAAAAAUAAUCGCAAAAAACUUACCAAAUCCAUUUUUACAGUACAGAGAACACGUUUGGAUUUACUGCCAUUCCUGUCCCGUUUCGUCGCCAUUGUCAAUCUGUGUAACACAGACGUUGCUGUGGACUUGUCGGAAAUGUUGCGAAAGGAGUUCAAAUGGCACAUACGCAAAAAGAAUCAACUCAACAUCGAAUCGAAAAUCAAAAUUGUACGCUUCCUCGGUGAAAUGGUGAAAUUCGGACUUUGCAAGAAGUUCGAUGCGCUGAGCUGCUUGAAAAUGUUGCUGCGUGACUUCCAACAUCAUCAAAUCGAAAUGGCAUGCGCUUUCAUUGAGGUUGCUGGCAUUUAUCUAUACAAUUGUCGCGAUUCGCGUCUGCUAACCAACGUCUUCCUUGAUCAAAUGAUGCGUCUGAAAACUGCCACCGCUUUGGACUCACGACACGCCGCACAAGUGGAAAGUGUUUACUACCUCGUUAAGCCGCCAGACACGGUGAAGCAAGACGCUGUCGUGCGCCCGGUAAUACACGAGUACAUACGCCAUUUAAUAUUCGAAGAGCUGUGCAAGCAAAAUGUGGACCGUUGCAUAAAAAUGAUGCGUCGCAUCAAUUGGGAUGAUCCGGAGGUGAGCAACUAUGCCAUAAAGUGCAUGUCCAAGGCAUAUUUGUUACGUUUUCCACUCAUACGUUGUCUUGCCGAUCUGGUGUCGGGUCUGAGUUCAUAUCAAGAGCGCGCUGUGACUAUGGUCAUCGAUAAUGUUUUCGAAGACAUACGCGCUGGUCUCGAAAUACACUCACCGAAAUUAGCACAACGGCGCAUAGCGAUGGCUAAAUAUUUGGGUGAAUUGUAUAACUAUAAAUUGGUGGAGUCCACGAAUAUAUUGAACACACUCUACUCCAUUAUCUCACUGGGCGUGUCAACUGAGGAGGGCGUUUAUUCAGAAUUAGAUCCACCAGAUAGUUUAUUCCGUUUAAAGUUAGCCUGUAUGCUGCUGGAUACGUGUGGCCAAUAUUUCACCAGUUCCAUGAGUCGUAAAAAGCUUGACUACUUCCUUGUGUUUUUCCAACACUACUACUGGUACAAAAAGUCACACCCGGUAUUUAGUAGAGUCGAAAAUACAGCGGACUUAUUUCCCAUAUUAGUAGAUCACAUGUACCGCGAUUGUGUGGCAAAUGUGCGGCCAAAAUUAAAGCUCUACAAAAAUCUCGACCAAGCCAAGGAAGCGAUUGAGAAAUUAAAGGAAGAAUUGUAUCCACAAUUGAAAGCCGGCAUGCAGGCACAAACUGAGACUGAUACUAAUCUGGAGCCCAUACGCGAGGACAGUGAAUUUGAUGACGCACUGAGUGACGAUUCCUCUUCCGAACGUGAACCACGUACACGCAAUCACGACGCUUGUGGCGAUGAUGAUCCCAAUACCGAGGACGCCAACAAUGCCAACGAAUUGGCGAACACCACCGAUUGGACUGAAAAUGAAUAUAUGCUCGAAGAUUGCGAACCACCUGUGGCGGAGCGAUCCAAAGAAGAUCUGGAAUUCGAACAGAUGUUUGAGAAGAUGGCCGCCGACAGUUAUCAAGAGCGCAUCAAAGAGACUGUUAAACCGAACACAAAAGACAUACCAGUACCAAUGAUGGCUAGAACGAGCAAGAAAUCCUAUGAGCAAAUUACCACCGCAAGCGGUAAUCAAUCAGGUGGCGAAAAAGAAGCAGCUAAAAGUAACGCAUCCAAUGCUGCUGGCAACACUGCUGGUAGCGGUGGCAGUGUAGUGCCAUUUGUGUUAAUGGUGCGCAGCGGCAAAGGUGGCAAACAGCAAUUUAAGCAAUUCGUGGCGCCAUCCGAUUCGCAGUUAGCCAUCAAUUUGAAGCUGCAGGAGGAGAAGACACGCGAGGAGAAGGAACGUGUGAAGCGUUUAACGCUGAACAUAACUGAGCGCAUAGAAGAGGAGGAUUACCAGGAGUCAUUAAUGCAAUCUCAACGUAAUAUGUCGCAAAAUCACUACCAGCGUCCCAGCAAACCAAAGUUCCGCCAUCAGAAAGGCGCUCCCGAUGCUGAUUUGAUCUUCAAUUAGACACCUGCGGCGAAGUUAAGUAUAAUUCUCACCCAAAUUGUGGGUUUUCCUUUACGAUUGUCGCAGUGUUAAAAUGUAAGUCGCAGUCUCAACUAAUGCGCUUUAAAUGCUGUGAGUGAAAGUCUACGUUGCUCAGUGCAAGUGAAAUGAUGAGGUUUUUUAUAAGGUUUGCGUGCUGUCAUGAUGACGUUUGUUGAGGGGUUUUAAAAGAACUUAUUAAAGUAAUUACCGAAAAUGAAGUAAUCUUGGAUUUAUUUAAAAUGUAAUAAAAUCAAAAUACCGAAUAAACUUAAAUUAUAAAAAUUAA